ACUCACAGUCAUUGAGAAAAAACGACGACUUAGCUUCCUUCUCGAGCUCUCUUCCGGUCAUCUAUUCCCUUCGCCGCACGCAGAAGGGGAAAAAGAAGAAAAGAGGAACUGUAAAAGCUCUCGAAACUCUCCUUUUCCUUACGAUCGAGUUCUAUUUCUCCCGAUUUUGAUUUUCUCUUUGGAUCUGCCGAACGAAGAGCUCCAGUUCGAGCUAAAUACUGUGGAAAUUCACUGUCUCUUUUCGCAGAUCGAUCUGUGUUUUUUGUUCCCUUGGUUGAGCAAGGAAUCGUUCCAUGCUUCAUGCAGCUUCUGUUGGCGAUGCUGCUGAGGAGUCUGAUUACAAGGUAGGAAGCUCUGAUUCCGAGGAUUGUGCUAUCCGGUAACUAUAUCAGUCUCGAAAUUAGGGUUUCGUGCUUCGUGCGGAGCUGCGAGGUUGCGGGAUGAUGGACACCACCAAAUUCGCUGGAAUUAUUGCCGGAGGCGGUGGUGGGGGAAACUAUUACGAUAUGGGGUUUUACCGGAAGCUAGGCGAGGGAUCGAACAUGUCAGUGGACAGUAUUCAGACUAGUGUUGGCGGUGGAUCGGUGGCGAUGUCGGUGGAGAAUAGCAGCGUUGGUUCGAGCGACUCGCGGACUGGAAUCCUUCAUCACAGCGGUCUCAGGCAGACGGUCACCACGGGUAGCUCUAUUGGGCACAGUAUAUUCCGUCCUGGUCGGGUCACUCAUCCACUCAACCACGAUGCCCUCGCCCAGGCUCUGAUGGAUCCAGGCUUCCCCACCCAAGGCCUGGACAACUAUGACGAGUGGACUUUGGAUCUCAGGCAACUCAGCAUGGGCGAGCCCUUUGCUCAAGGGGCAUUUGGGAAGCUUUACAGGGGUACCUACAAUGGCGAAGAUGUAGCGAUUAAGCUGUUGGAGAGGCCAGAGAAUGAUCCCGAGAGAGGGCAACUAAUGGAGCAGCAAUUUGCUCAGGAGGUAAUGAUGCUUGCCAACCUGAAGCAUCCCAAUAUAGUGAGAUUCAUAGGAGCUUGCAGAAAGCAGAUGGUUUGGUGCAUUGUGACGGAGUAUGCAAAGGGAGGUUCUGUUAGGCAGUUUCUGAUGAGGAGACAGAACCGAUCUGUGCCAUUAAAGAUUGCAGUGCGGCAGGCAUUGGAUGUUGCCAGGGGAAUGGCAUAUGUUCAUGGUUUGGGUUUCAUUCAUAGGGACUUGAAAUCUGACAAUCUUCUAAUCUGUGGGGAUAAGUCUAUCAAAAUUGCAGACUUUGGAGUGGCUCGGAUUGAAGUGCAGACAGAAGGGAUGACACCAGAGACUGGAACCUACCGGUGGAUGGCUCCAGAGAUGAUCCAGCACAGGCCAUACACUCAGAAGGUUGAUGUCUACAGCUUCGGCAUUGUGCUGUGGGAGCUCAUAACAGGAAUGCUUCCAUUUCAGAACAUGACGGCGGUGCAGGCAGCUUUUGCUGUCGUUAACAAGGGCGUUCGUCCGAUCAUACCGAGUGAGUGCCCCGCCGCACUUGGCGAGAUCAUGACUCACUGCUGGGACGCAAACCCUGAUGUUCGCCCGCCGUUUAGCGAAAUUGUCAAGAUGUUGGAGUGUGUCCAGGAUGAAUUGGCCACAUCCGUUCGCCGGGCACGAUUUCGAUGCUGCAUGUCACAGCCCAUGACCAUAGACUGAGCUGAGGAAAUAUGGCUGGCUGUUUGGAAGAAGGAAAGAAAGAAGCACAAAAUUGAAAAAUGAAGGUGAAGAAUGCAAAUAUUGAUCUUUUUUGUUUGUGUUUUGCAGUAGGAAAGAAAAAAAAAAAAGUUGUUGCUAGUAUUUAGGAACCUUUUUCUUAUUUUGUUUCAAGCUCUCACUGUAUCAAAUCCCAUUGUUUUUUUCUUAAACUGAAACAAGCUACUUUUUUUCCUUUUAAUUUUAGUCUGCCUCUCACUUAAAUCCUCUUUUAUUAGCAUUGAUUGA